AUGCCUUAUUAUUAUGACUACGAUACUCCUACCCCAAAUCCCGUAGCUACUGAUACUGCUCAAUGGGCCUUUGUUGGUGAUUUUCCGUAUGGACCUAUUAGUUUAGUGGCCUCCAUUUGGGCUGUUAACAUUAUAAUUUACAUUAUUGCAAGAUUCAAAUCUCGGAAAAUUUACUUACGUGUUUGGUAUUUGAUUACAAGUUUAAUUAAAAAUAUAAUUAUCGCGUUAAUACCAAUUGGCAUAGUCAAUAUGAUCUACGACAGCUCCAGGUUACCUGUUUUAAUUCCUGGUAUUGCUUUAUUGGGCGCAUCGAUACUUUUUACGUCAUUAUCUGUUAUGUGCUUUGCCAUAGAAGAUGGUGUUGAAAAUAGAACCCAUUUAGGUUUGGUUAGAGCAUUAUUAUAUGGAAAAGACAGAGAUGCUUGCUGUUACUGUAGUUCUGAAAAAUAUUGUUACACUAAAGAAAAGAAGGUAUCAAAGAUGCUAAGCAAGGUUGCGAAUAACCCACCAAUAUUGCGUCUCAUCGUUAACACAGCUAUAAUUGUACAAAAAAUGGUCUUAAAUUACGCAUCAUGGGAAAUUCCUGAACAAGUUGAGAUUGAUACAAGUAGCAAGAUUACUAUUGUCAAAGCCAAAAUAAAGGUUUAA